AUGGCUGAGGCACGCCUGAAGGUCGCCUUGCUCAUCGUAUCCACCACUGCGGCAAAAGACCCCUCGACCGAUGCCUCAGAACUGGCAUUGAGCGAUGUCUUGGACAAAGAAGGAGGCGGAAAAUGGGAGCUCGUCGAUACCAAGAUCGUGUCCGAUGUGGUCACCCAGAUUCAGCGUCAGAUCAUGCUGUGGGCUGAUAUCGCCGCUGAAAACAUCAAUCUCAUCGUGACCACGGGUGGCACAGGCUUCGCAGUUGCAGACAACACGCCCGAGGCUGUGUCGGCUCUGCUACACAAGCAAGCCCCUGGACUCGUUCACGGCAUGCUAGCUACAUCUCUCCAAGUCACACCUUUUGCCAUGAUGUCCCGUCCUGUUGCCGGCAUAAGGAACAAGACCGUGAUAGUAACGCUACCAGGUUCGCCGAAAGGCGCAAGGGAGAACUUGGAGGCGAUUCUUAAAAUGUUACCGCAUGCAUGCCAGCAGGCAGCUGGUAUGGAUUCGAGAGCACUCCACGCGGGAGGAGUGAAGAAGCUUGAAGCAGACGCCGGGAUUGGUUCUAAAUCAAAACAAACUCAAUCGCAUGCACACCAUGAUCACGGUCAUCACCACGGGCACAGUCACAGUCACGGUCAUGGACAUGGACACGGUCACGGAGAUCUGGUCAGACAUACAUCUCCGAAUACUAAUCCGAUAUCUAAUGAUCCAAGUCUCGGACCCAGUCGCCGAAGUCGCGAGUCGCCUUACCCAAUGCUCUCGGUAGAUGAAGCCCUACAGAAAAUCAAGGAGUUUACGCCGCCGUCCGAAGUAAUAACUUCCAAGGUAGACACGUCGCUGACGGGUCGGGUACUAGCUGAGAAUGUUUCUGCACGAGAAAAUGUGCCUGGAUUUAGAGCUAGCAUAGUAGAUGGGUAUGCCGUCGUGGUGCCGAAGGAUGGCAAACUCGAUGGAGUGUUUCCAGUUGUGUCCGUCUCCCACGCAGCUCCCGGCGAAUCAAAAGUGAAGGAACUUAAAGAAGGAGAGAUUGCAAGGAUAACAACUGGCGCACCGUUGCCGCCUGGCGCUACUUCUGUCAUCAUGGUCGAGGAUACAGUGCUGAAAACCAUGACGGACGAUGGCAAGGAAGAGAAAGAAGUCGAGAUUCAUGUCGAGGGCGUUCGGGAAGGAGAGAAUAUUAGGGAGAUUGGUAGCGAUAUCAAAGCAGAUGAAGUAGUACUAAGCAAGGGAGAGCUGAUCUCUGCCGUCGGAGGUGAGAUUGGCCUCAUGGCCGCAGUCGGCGUCGCGGACGUCAAGACAUAUCGCAAGCCCCUGGUAGGCGUUUUGUCAACCGGUGAUGAAAUUGUCCAGCACGACCGACCAGGAGCUUUACGCCUCGGCGAAGUCCGCGACACGAAUCGCAUUACGCUGAUGUGCGCGGCAAGAGAGCAAGGCUUCGAGGUUGUUGAUCUCGGCAUUGCCGCCGACACCCCGGGGACCCUUGAGGAAACCUUACGAGACGCGCUGCGUCGCGUUGACCUCGUCAUCACCUCCGGCGGCGUCUCAAUGGGCGAGUUGGACCUCCUAAAGCCCACAAUCGAACGCUCGCUCGGCGGCACAAUACACUUCGGCCGGGUGGCGAUGAAACCCGGCAAGCCCACUACCUUUGCCACCAUCCCCGUGAAGAGCAACUCUGGCGAACGCAUCUCCAAGGUCAUAUUCUCCUUACCGGGAAACCCGGCCUCGGCCCUCGUCACAUUCCACCUGUUCGUCCUGCCGUCGCUUCACCAGAUGUCCGGGAUUUCACCCGCCGGGCUGAGCAAGGUCCCCGUGUUCCUGGCGCACGACUUCGCGCUCGACAAGGCGCGGCCCGAGUACCAUCGUGCGCUCGUCGUCGCUGAUGGCAGCGGACGCUUGCUAGCGACGAGUACAGGCGGCCAGCGCAGUUCGAAGGUUGGUAGUCUGAGGGGCGCGAACAGUCUUUUGUGUCUGCCGAGCGGCAAGGAACCCUUGAAGAAGGGCGCGAAAGUCGAUGCUUUACUGAUGGGACAUGUUAGAGUUAAUGCAUAG